UCGCUCCACCUGCUUCUACCACGACUGCCGCUCCACCUGCUCCCACCACGACUGCCGCUCCACCUGCUCCCACCACGACUGUCGCUCCACCUGCUUCUACCACGACUGCCGCUCCACCUGCUCCCACCAUGACUGCCGCUCCACCUGCUCCCACCACGACUGUCGCUCCACCUGCUUCUACCACGACUGCCGCUCCACCUGCUCCCACCACGACUGUCGCUCCACCUGCUUCUACCACGACUGCCGCUCCACCUGCUCCCACCACGACUGUCGCUCCACCUGCUUCUACCACGACUGCCGCUCCACCUGCUCCCACCACGACUGUCGCUCCACCUGCUUCUACCACGACUGCCGCUCCACCUGCUCCCACCACGACUGUCGCUCCACCUGCUUCUACCACGACUGCCGCUCCACCUGCAUCUACCACGACUGUCGCUCCACCUGCUUCUACCACGACUGCCGCUCCACCUGCUCCCACCACGACUGUCGCUCCACCUGCUUCUACCAUGACUGCCGCUCCACCUGCUCCCACCACGACUGUCGCUCCACCUGCUUCUACCACGACUGCCGCUCCACCUGCUCCCACCACGACUGUCGCUCCACCUGCUUCUACCACGACUGCCGCUCCACCUGCUUCUACCACGACUGUCGCUCCACCUGCUUCUACCACGACUGGCGCUCCACCUGCUCCCACCACGACUGUCGCUCCACCUGCUUCUACCACGACUGCCGCUCCACCUGCUCCCACCACGACUGUCGCUCCACCUGCUUCUACCACGACUGCCGCUCCACCUGCUUCUACCACGACUGCCGCUCCACCUGCUCCCACCACGACUGUCGCUCCACCUGCUUCUACCACGACUGCCGCUCCACCUGCUUCUACCACGACUGCCGCUCCACCUGGUUCUACCACGACUGCCGCUCCACCUGGUUCUACCACGACUGCCGCUCCACCUGGUUCUACCACGACUGUCGCUCCACCUGGUUCUACCACGACUGUCGCUCCAUCUGGUACUACACCUGGCACAGUCUCCACCACAACUGUGGCCACCACAAUCACUGCCACACAAGGUCAAUGUGUCCCAAAUCCUUGUAUCGGAGACAGUUUCUGUCAAGAACGUCAUGAAGGCUUUGUUUGCAUCUGCCGGCCUGGGCUGUUUUACGACAACGUAAGAGGCUGUUCUCAAGCAAAAGUAUUCCCUGCUAUUUUAACUUUGGAUGAAGAAUUUAAAGAGGAUAUGAAUAACAAAAUGUCAGAAAUGUUUAGAGUGACAGCUGAACGAAUUCAAAAAGAGCUGGCACAAGCUCUUAAUGGUGAUGGCUACAUUAAUUCCACAGUUUUGAGUCUAAAUUCUGGUAGUAUAAUUGCAGAAGUGCAAAAUUUCUAUGAACUUUCAUCCAGUGCCACAACAAUUUCAGUAACAGGCAAGAUUAGUGAAGCAAUUGACAAUCAUAUCAUUACAAAUGGCAUUUCAUUUGAUGUUAAAACUGUGUGUUCUAUUGGAUACUGUGACACUACCACCACAGACUGUAUGGGUGAUGGUAUUGCGACGUGCAGUUGUAAAGAAGGGUACAUCAGAUCCCAAUCCACUUCUCAGGCCUGCAUUUCUUGUCCCAGUGGGAAACAGGCGAUUGAUUCAGAACGCUGUGAAACGUGUCCAUUUGGCUUCUCUGGAUUGAACUGCAAUGAUUCAUAUCUUCUGGCUGUGGUCGUGGUGUCCUGUGUGUUGGGUGGAUUGCUGAUCAUCUUUAUGGUGUCCCUGAUAGUUGUAAGCUGCAGAAAUCCAAAGGUAAAAUCCUCAUCCAAAGAAGAAUUAAGUCCAUACAAGGAUAUAGAAAUGGAAAAACCUGCGGGAGUUCCCAGGAUCCCCCGGGCAAACCCUAAUGCCGGCUGGCAGCCUGCCAAUCUGGAGAUAACCAAAAGUGGGAGCACUCAGGCACUGGUGACCAAAAAUCGCUCAGAGAACAAAGCACGUUACACUGAUUAUGAUGACUAUGACGAGGUGAGCUACAAGAGUCAAGUUCCUCCAGCAUACUCUGGCUAUGGUGUGAAGGGAGUGGAAAAUGGCUCAAGGGGAUUGCAAAACUCAUCCUCUCGGCAAGAUGAUGACAGAAUGCGCAGAUAUUAGCAUCGCAUGAUUAGGACAAAUCCCUGCAAUUGAUUUGAUUUUGUCUCUUCUUCACUUGGACUGCAUUUAUUUAUUCUUUAUGGCCAAAAAUUCAAAGAUCAAAAUCAGUUUCAAGUCAGAGAAUAAUUAAAUACAGCUAUAACAAACAGACAUUUGAGUAUUAUAUACAUGCCUUAAUCUUAAAAACAGAAUUUCUCUAUUUUUACAUUUUGUGGUAUUACAUAAAUGUUUUUUUUUUUUAAUUGUAUAUAUGCUUUUUGUUUUAAAGUAUUUGGAUAAAAUAAGCUUGAAUGUAAGUUAUGUCCUUCACAUUUAUUGAUUAUUUGUUUUGUUUUUCCAGCAACAAUCAUAACAUAUUCAUGCUUAUAAUUCAGCAGUUGUUGUAAAGUCAAAUAUUUUAAUGUAUAUUCAUGACAUAAAAUGGUUUUAAUGUUGUUAAAUGUUAAGGUUAGCCCCAUUAAUCUCUCAGUUCAAUAAAACACUUUGCUUUGCUUGUGUGUAUUAGUUGUUUUUAGUUGCUAUCUUGUGUUAGUAGAACGAGAUUUUUGUAUGUAGCUACAUAGGUUUGCUUAAAAUCGCAGAGCUACAGGUAUGAAAAUAUGAAGUCAUAUCAACAAGAUUAAGCAGCUUUCUAUUAACGUUAGCUGAUCACAAUAGAGAACAAUGCUGCGGCACUCACAAAGCCAGGACUCAAAAAGUGUUUAGUUCAGUUAAGAAUAUAUAAACUGCAUUUUAUAGGGAGUUUCAAUUACUUAAUUUAAACAAAUACCUGUAUUUGCAAAAGCAAAAUAGUAUUUUUUUAGCAAGUACCAACAGUCUAUUAAUACUAAUGCUAGCUAAACAUUCAUUGAACUGGCUCUCUGGUCCCAAUGUCUUAUACAAGUAGUUCCUGUGUGUGUGGGCGGCUUUGGGUUUACAAUUGUGUAUUAUGCUAUAAAUGGGGUU